AUGCCGCGCGCGAGAGAGCGCCGGGAAGUCACGGGAGGGCAACAGCGGGAGGAGAAUGGGAGAGGGGUAGGAGGGGGAGGGAGAAAAGGGAGGGGAGCCAUGCGUGCUGGGCACGUAAACGGGGGGGGGAGAGAGGCGGGGUUGAGCAGAGAGGUGGCGCGGGGGAGAAAAGCGGCGGGGGGAAGGGAAACGCUGGGGGGGAGAGAUGCGCGUGGGGGGGAAGCCGUGGGCGGAAGGCGGAAGCGAGGGAUCUCAGGAGCGGAGGAGGCGGUUGAGGGGAGGAGGAGAGCGAAGAGCCGCAGGAAACAGGCGGGGGAGUGGCCGGGCAUGGUGGCGCGACGGCCUUGCUCUGAUGCGCUGAGGCGCGCGCGGAGUGCGUGGAUGAAGAGGCGGUGGCGGGAGCUGAGGGCGCUGCAGGCGCAGCAGCAGGUGGCGGAGGCGGAGGGCAUGGGGGAAAAGGGGCAGGAGACGGAAAGGCGGAGGGUGACGCGAGGGGAGGGCAAGAGGCGGAGAGGGGAAGGGGAUGAAGGUAGUGGUAGGGGUGAGGAGGGGAGUGAGGAGGAAAGUGAGGAAGAGGAAGCGGAGGAAGAGGAGGGGGAGGAAGAGGAGGGGGAGGAAGAGGAGGCGGAGGAAGAGGAGGCGGAGGAAGAAGAGGAAGAAGAGGAAGAAGAGGAAGAAGAGGAAGAAGAGGAAGAGGAAGGGGAGGAGGAGGAAGGAAGGGGGGAGGAGGAGGAUGAUCACCUUGCAGCACCAUCCUCACCCGCUACUACCGUCCCUGCUCCAAGGACUCCCAGCAUCACUCCCCGUACUCACCCUCGCGUUUCUGGGAAUGCAUGCGAAAAGCGGCGCCAUGCAGAUGUGUCUGAAGCUGCUAAUCACGGGGCAGGCUUGGGGGGAGAUGAAAAUGGCGGAGUGCGAAAGAAGGCUAAAUGGUCCCGUUGGUCGGGGUUCACACGGGAAGAAACGUUUGAAGUGCGGAGAGCUGCUGCUAACGGGCUGGUGGAUGUGAUGGCUUCUGGAAUGGCUGCCGUUCGCCACCUGGAAGAGUUUGUAAAGGUUUCUGCAAUGCAUACGGGUGUAGUGGUGUCAGUGGAAGAAUUGGAGCAACGCCUCAAGGGGGAAGUGGAGAGGAUUGUUGAGAAGCAACGGCGGACCUCUCAGAAAUUGGUGAAGGAUCUGGAAGGGGCAUAUGCACAGUGUGCUGCGAUUCUCAAGGAGACACUAGAGAAGGCGUCGCGGUGCCGCGCGCAACCAGCGAUGGGGUCGCGAGUAUCGGGAGAAAAGGAGCGGCUCACGCAGGGAGCUCCGCUUUCGAAUGAGGACGCGGCGCACGAGCAGUUUGAGAAGAGCCACGGGCCGCACGGCCAGAAGCUGACGCUGCUGCCGCUCAUCGCGCUCAUCUUCUUCGAGGUGUCCGGCGGGCCGUACGGCGUGGAGGACGCCGUGAAGUACGGCGGGCCGCUGCUCGCCAUCCUGGGCUUCACCGUCUUCCCCCUCAUCUGGAGCGUGCCAGAGGCCCUGACCACCGCGGAGCUAGGAACAGCCUUCCCAGAGAACGGGGGCUACGUGGUCUGGGUGUCAGCGGCGUUUGGCCCAUUCUGGGGCUUCCAGGAGGGGUGGUGGAAGUGGCUCAGUGGCGUGAUAGACAACUCGCUCUACCCGCUGCUCUUUCUCGACUACUUGAAGCGCGAGCUCCCUGUGUUUGGCGGCGGCUUGCCUCGCAUGAUUGCUUUGCUCGCCAUGACUCUGGUGCUGACAUACGUGAACUACCGUGGGCUCACCAUAGUGGGCGCCACUGCCAUCGCGCUCGCAGUGUUUGGGCUGCUGCCCUUUGUGGUGAUGGCGCUGCUCGCCAUCCCCAAAAUCCAACCUGCCCGCUGGCUGGUGGUGGAUUUGAACCGAGUGCAGUGGCGGGGGUACUUCAACACGCUCUUCUGGAACCUCAACUACUGGGACUCUGUCAGCACGCUAGCAGGCGAGAUAGAGGAGCCGAAGCGCACCUUCCCGCGAGCGCUGAUGGGGGCGGUGGUGCUGGUGGUGGUGUCGUACCUCGUGCCACUGCUGACAGGCACAGGUGCCGUGCCCUUCUCCCCGGACGGCUGGGACGAUGGGUACCUGGCCGUGGUGGGUCGCGCCAUUGGAGGUGGCUGGCUCGCUUGGUGGAUCGCAUGUGCCGCUGCGCUGUCUAACAUGGGCGCGUUCGAGGCCGAGAUGAGCAGCGACGCGUUUCAGCUGCUGGGGAUGGCAGAGCGCGGCAUGCUGCCCGAGGUGUUCACGUACCGCUCGCGGCACGGCACGCCCGUGCUGGGCAUACUCUGCAGCGCGACGGGCAUCCUGCUGCUGUCGUGGAUGAGCUUCCAGCAGAUCGUCGAAUUCCUCAACUUCCUCUACUGCUUCGGCAUGCUGCUCGAGUUCGGGGCCUUUGUGGCGCUCCGGCAGGAUCCCGGUGGACACUAUGGGAGCAGUGCUCCUGUGUCUGCCGCCCUCGCUGUUGCUGAUUCUCGUCAUGGUGCUCGCCUCCUGGCAGACCGUCAUUGCCAGCUCCAUAGCAGCGUUCGUGGGACUGCUGCUGUACCCGCUACUCAUGAUGGUGUUUCAGUCCCACUAUCUCACCCACCCUUUUCUUGCUCACUCCUCCAUCCAUCCCCUCUCCACCUCCGUCAUGGCAGCUCCAUAGCGGCGUUGGUGGGUCUGCUGCUGUACCCACUACUCAUGUGGGCGAAGCAGCACGGCGUGUUGAAGUUCACUCAGGACCCGGGCCUGCCAGACGUGGCUCUUAUGGACGAGGAUGAGGGCAGUGAGGGCGAGGAGGGGUUUGAUGGGGCGGCAAGUAAGGGAGCGAGUGGGAAGGAGGACGGUCAGGCUGGUGUUCGGGAUGUGGUUGAUGGGGAUGGUGCUGUGGCUGACAGUGAGAAUGGGUUGCUGCUGGGGAAGGGGCUGAGCGAGAAGGGUAGCAGCAGGGUGGUGCCAAUGGAGUGUCCGGGGGAGGCAGAGGGGUUGAUGCGAGCAGGUGCAGGUGAUGCGGUGCUCUCGGCAUGCGAGGGACAGUCGCCUCCUGUCAUGGUGGGCUCAUUGCCAAAUGAUGGGAUAUUUGCACAUGGAGCCGUGUUGGAUGGGAUGUCUGGAGUUGGAGCGAAAGCAAAUCGUGAGGAGCAACAGUCAGGCGUUACCUUCCCUCUCAAGCGUGCGACGCUGUGUUUCCUGUCCAUCAACGCUAUUCUGCGCAACUUUCCAAAUCGUUCCUCGCGAGCGCAUUGCGACGUCAUGGCGGCGCACAAGUCCUUGUCGACGGGCGGCGCGGCGGCGUCGGAGUUCUCGGACGUGCCGGGCGGGGCGAAGAGCGUGACGACGAGGGUGAUGGAGACGGGCGCGAGCGCCGUGCAACGGUUCGCGCCCAUCCGCCAGAUCGGCCAACACUUCUGCGCGUUCCACUACUAUGCCAACGACAUGACGCGACAAUUCGAGGCGUACCACUACUGCUCGCACGUCAGCGAGGACGUGCACCAGUGCCUCGUCUACGACUCCGACCAGCCCUCCGCGCGCCUUAUCAGCGUCAAAUUCAUCGUCUCUGAAAAGAUCUUCCUCUCGCUGCCCGAGGACGAGCAGCGCAUGUGGCACUCGCACGAGUAUGAGGUCAAGAGCGGGAUGCUCAUCAUGCCGGGCAUGCCGGCAGUGGCAGAGCUGCCUGUGAUGAGCAAGCUCGUGAAGACUUUCGGCAAGACGUGGCACUUCUGGCAGUUUGAUAAGGGUGACGCGUUGCCGCUGGGCGUGCCACAGCUCAUGGGGGCGUUCUUUGCUGACGGGCAGCUGAAACUGGAACUGUCCAAAGUGGUGGAGCAGCGGUACAGGGUGCAGCUGGAAGAAAGGAGGCAGCUGCGAGCCGACCUCACGGGUCCUGAGCUCGCUGUGGAUCGCUUAGCGGAGCAGUUUAAAAGGGGGAUGGGGUACGAGACGCAGCUCAAGGAGUGCCAGCUGCAGGGGCAGGAGCGGAAGGCAAAGGGUGGCGUGGGUGCCGCAAGUGUGACUGGUGUGGGCAGUGGUGGCAUGGAGCAUGUGGGGCAGGCAGGGAGAGGCACUACAGGCAGCGACCGCAAGGCCAGGAUUGGUGGCUGA